AUGGGUAAGAUUGAUGCAUAUUCUAUGAUGAUUGUUGGUAAAUAUCUCAUGACAAGUGAUGACUACAGAAGAGUUAUACUUGUCAAUUCUAAAUUUCGUGAUUUAUUAGAUAAAUAUAAAUAUAAUCCUCAUAGAGAUUUAAAGUUAUUUCAUAAUAUUGAAACUCAAGUUUUGUAUAGUAAAGUAGAUAAAAUCAAAGAAGGAAUGUAUAGGUAUAUUAUUGCAUAUGAUAUUAACUAUAAACAAUACCUUGAAUUUCCUGAACUUAUUAGAAAUAAAAUGGAAUUUCGUAAUUUAAAGCUAACUGAAAUGAAUGUGUUGGAAUACUCAACAUUAAUUAAUUAUAUAGGAACUCUGGGAACAAAACUAAAAACUAUUCAUGAUCAUAUCACACCUUUGUCAAUGAAAACUUAUAUUAUUCCUGAUAAAAUUAAUUCAAUAGAAAUAAAUACAUUCAAUUCAAGUGAGUUAUUAAGAAAAGUAGUAUUUCCAUCAUCUCUAACUUCUAUAGGAAAUUAUGCAUUCAAAAAAUGUCCACAAUUAACUACUGUUGAUUUACCAAAGAAUUUAUUAGUGAUUGGAAAUGAAGCAUUCAGUAAAAGUAUUCAAAAAAUAACUAUUCCAAAUAAAGUUAAACGGAUUGGAGCUAGAUGUUUUGAAGGAUGUUUAUUAACGAGUUUUGAGUUACCAAUAAGUGUUUAUGAACUUGGAAGAGGUUGUUUUGAAUAUAAUACGAGACUAACUGAAGUCAUUCUUUCUCCUUAUAUUCGUUCAAUCCCACCAAAUUGUUUUCUUGAGUGUAUUUCAUUACAAAACAUUGUUAUACCAGAAGGCAUUAAUUCAAUAGAAAAUAGAGCAUUCUUUCAUUGUGGAUUACAAUCUUUGAUACUUCCUUUUUCAAUAACUUCAAUUGCUUUUGAUGCUUUUGACUCUUCUUCAAUCACUAAGUUAGUACAAAGAAAUAAUAAGAGAAUUCAAUAUCCAGUAAGUCUAUUUGAAGCUAUUUUAUUCGAUAAUUCAUCAACACAAUGUAAUAACAUUCAUUAUACAAAACAAGAUAUUAACUUUAUAGAAAAUGACUUGUUUAAUAAAAUUUCAGUCAUCGAAGAACAAUCUUUUAUAAAUUCUGAUAUUAGCUCAAUAGAUUUACCUCCUUCAUUAAAAGAAAUUAAACAAUUUGCUUUUUAUAAUUGCUCAAAAUUAACCUCAGUCUCAAUUCCAACUUCUGUAACUUUAAUAGAGACUUAUGCAUUUGUAAAAGCCCCAAUACUACACCUUAAAAUUCCAUUUCAUUUAAAAGAAAGUUUGUCUGAGUUUGAUCCAUCAACUUGUGAAUUUGCUAAUAUUGUUUUUGAUUAA